UAAAGCUGAAAAAAAAGUAUUUAAAAGUAGAGAACGCGUCUUCAAAUGCGCCUGCGUGACAAUUAAGCUGUCGUUCAAAUUUACCAGCUGGAAUGAGCUAAUUACGGUCCUAGUUCGGCGACAUAAGAUUUUCACAACGCCAUUGAGAAAUGCAAGUAUGAAUCCCUCAAACACGCAGAAUCCAAGUACAACAGAAGGUGGAGGCCUCUAUGUUAAUGCUUACGAGGUGUCCUUCCCUUUUGGUGAGAACGUGGAAAGACCUCAGCCCGUCUAUUUCAACCAAAGUGAACCCAUUUUGGAAGAGCCUGGGUGUGAGGCCCCCUCCUCCUCAUACAGCCCCUUCAUCUUGAUCUCUAAUCUGCGGACACACCUGUACGUGACUCUGGAGAAGAACACCUGGCUGCAGAAACGCAUCCUGGACCUGGAGGAGGAACGCAACUUCCUGCGCUGUCAGCUUGACCGCUUUAUCUCCUCCAUGAGGAACAACGAGAGCAAUGACUGGGGAGCUGAAUCUCAGCAUGCCGUUCCAGUGAAGCUCCAGGCAGCCAGGUCACCUUCCCCUCCUCCCUCACCCAUGACCACCAGGUCUGGAAAGAUACAGAAACUCCUCCAGAGCCAGCCCCUCACUCGGGGCAGGAACAUUCCCGUCAAACAGGAGGUGCGGAUGGUGGAGAAAUACUUUGAGGAAGACGGCUACCUGGAGGAAGAGGAGCUGGUUUCAGACGAGGAUGAUUCAUCAGAGGACCAGAGGUCGAAGAGGAAGGUAAGAGGAGGAGGCAGGGUGGUUGGCGAAGAACCAAGGAUGAAGAUGAGGAGGGUUAUCAGGAUCACCCAUGGAAGGGAGAGGCAGCGAGUGAAAGAUCCUGACGGUGUACUCCUUCGCUACCAGAAGAUCCUCCACACCUACCAACGUCUUAGAUCCAUGUCCAAGGCAUUUCAGAGCCACGGAGUGGACCGCAACACCAUGGCAUCCACCUCCCCCAUUGCAGAGAUGCUCCUGGUGUCCCCCCAGAAGGUAGCUGAGGUGGGGGAGUUUGACUCCUCCAAGGAGAAGCUGCUGGACUACGCCCGGCGUUGCUAUAAAGCCCUGGACGAGGAGACCCACACCAAGGUCCAGGCCUUGAAGAAGACCCACCUGCUUCUUCCUAUCUCAUACAGGUUCCGAAACUGACCUUUCAAAACAAACGAUAGAGAAAGAGUUGAGAUGAGAGGGAAAAGAGAUUAUGUUAUUUAGUUUGGAAACUAUGAGGGAGAAAAUACUAAAUUCAGACAGCAAGAAGUCAUUUUGUUUCUACCUCAGCACUUUAAGUUAUUGUUUUGGAUAUGUUUUGUUUUCAAUCCACUGUUCUGGAUGGAGUUAAUGGUUGCAUACUUUGCUGAAGGGGGUUGAUGGCAGGAUAGCUACAAGCUCCAAUCAAAGCAAUAAAGCACUUUCCAGUGAA